GGACUUUUUUGCUGGGAAAAAGACAACAACCCAGCCACAGACGUGGAAGCCACAAGCCAAGAGACCCUAUUUCGGUUUCUAUUCCUUUCGCCAAUCCCUGUCACCAUCCAGGACCAAAACCAGCUUCACCGGCAGAGCGGGUAGGACCAUGGAGCUCUGGAAGCAAAUAUUUGCUCGGAAGAUUGAGCAGAUGAAACCGGGGGACAGGUGGACUCUGAAGGAGGAUUAUAACCUUCAGUCCAACGACCUUGAUCCCGGAUGGAAGCAAUUCCUGCAACAGCAUGCAUUUGCCAGGUUCCAGUGCUCACAGUGCUGGCAUGCCUGGCAGUCAGCUCAGGUGAAUAUUCUCUUCCACAUGCACCUGGACCGGAGGCAGAGUCGGGGCUGGGUGAGGAUGAGAAUCUUCAGACAAGAGUGCAAGAAAUGCCUCCUGCCGAAACUGGAGCAGCCCGAAUUCAGCCAGGAGCACGUCACAAGAGUCGUGGAGAACCUGGUGCUGAAGAUCAGUGGGAAAUGCUACAGGGAUGCCAUCCAUCCCAAAGAGCUGUCCAAGAUCAUCGUGGAAGAUCAGACGACUGGGCCCCACGACAGCGCCCACUGUGAAGCUUGCCGGCUGGGCAUCUGUUUCGUGAAAAAUGAAGCCCAAGCACCAACCAAGCCCUUCUUUAGGGCUGUUUCCCUCUUCCCACGCGUCUUCCCUGCCCAGCAGGACUGGAGCGACGCAGAGGGGGAGAACAGCUCCGGCGGGGAGAGCAGCUGUAACUGGCGGCGUUGGUGUUGCUACAGUUGCUGUGUGGUCAUUUUUCUGGCACUGCUCAUUUUUGUUCUGCUUUACUUCACAGCCAAGUAGCGUCAAGUCAGCGCUCACCCCUGCCCUGAAGGGAAGCGAAUUGCAAUAACCUGGAUAAUAAUCGAGCUUUCAAGGAUUAAGGUGUGAUCUGUAAAUCGGUACAUGCCCAUUUUCACCACAGACAAAAAGCCAGUGAAAAAAUAUUUCCAUCACGAAUUGAAAUUGAUCAAUAGGCAAUGGAAAAACAACACAGCUCGAGACUAUAGAAUGUGAUUGCAGGAUAUUUCCUUGGUCUGUUUCGGCACAAGAGGUGGACAGUUUGUGCUGUCUCAGUGACGACGUUUUAACUUUUCGAAUUGCAGUCUUGGCUUUUGUCAUGAUUAUGAUUAUGAGAGAGGGCCAGCAGCCUGGGGACUAAGGGGUUAACUACACCUAGCCAGGUGGAGUGGCCAAUAGGAAUGUAGGUAGCACUUUCAACGGGGACAAAGGAAUUUGGGUUUUCCCUCCUUGGUCUCUGUGAGUUCCUCUGCAGCUAGAGA